GUCUGCGCAGUAGUGAUUUGACGUUUCGGCCGCAAUGGCGCCACAGACUGAGCGCUCUCGGGUCUAGCUGUCAAAUAUACUAUAAAAUCGCUUUUUAAACAAUUCUCAGAUUUUAAAAGAUACUUUAUAAUACGCUUUUACGCGUAUGAUUUUGAAAAAGGUACUGCGUUUUGUCAGUGUUAUCGAUUUUGAAACAUAACCUCAAAGUGAGUGAAAAUGUUUUCAACGCGAUUCAGUAUAGUUUUCAUAUUGUUUUCUUUUGUUUUUGUUGUGUGGGCCAAUCCGGACGCUAAGAGACUUUACGAUGAUUUGCUUAGUAAUUAUAACAGGCUGAUCCGACCUGUUGAUAAGAACAAUAAUACUGUUUUGGUGAAACUCGGCCUGCGGCUGUCUCAACUGAUUGACUUGAACUUGAAAGAUCAAAUCUUGACCACCAACGUAUGGCUCGAACAUGAGUGGGAGGACCACAAGUUCAAAUGGGACCCGAAUGAGUACGGCGGACAGAAGGAACUGUACGUGCCCUCUGAACACAUCUGGCUACCCGAUAUAGUGCUUUACAACAACGCCGACGGCGAGUACGUGGUGACAACGAUGACGAAGGCGGUCCUCAGCUACACGGGCAAGGUGCUGUGGACGCCGCCGGCCAUCUUUAAAUCCUCCUGUGAGAUCGACGUCCGCUACUUCCCCUUCGACCAGCAGACCUGCUUCCUUAAGUUUGGGAGCUGGAGCUAUGAUGGAGAUCAGAUUGAUCUGAAGCACAUCAACCAAAAGAGACAGACCGGCGACACUAUAGAAGUGGGCAUCGACCUAAGAGAGUACUAUCCCUCCGUGGAGUGGGACAUUCUGGGGGUGCCUGCUGAGAGGCAUGAGAGGUACUACCCGUGCUGCCAGGAACCUUAUCCGGACAUCUUCUUCAACAUCACGCUUCGCCGCAAGACCUUAUUCUACACCGUCAACCUCAUCGUCCCCUGCGUCGGCAUUUCGUAUCUCUCCGUCCUUGUCUUCUACCUCCCCGCCGACUCCGGAGAGAAGAUAGCUCUCAGCAUCUCCAUCCUGCUCUCGCAAACCAUGUUCUUUUUACUGAUCUCUGAAAUCAUCCCGUCAACAUCCUUAGCUUUGCCGUUACUUGGGAAAUACUUGCUGUUUACCAUGUUGCUGGUAGGAUUGUCAGUUGUUAUAACUAUAGUAAUACUGAAUGUGCAUUAUCGGAAGCCCAGUACUCACAAAAUGGCUCCAUGGGUGAGGAAAUUCUUCAUAACGAAGUUACCAAGAUUACUUUUAAUGCGUGUGCCGAAGGAUUUGUUGAGGGAUUUGGCAGCGCAGAAGAUAGCGGGAAGGAGCUUGAAGAAGAAUAAGUUUAAGGAUGCGUUAGCGGCGGCGGAGCAGACGAAUUCGAAUGCUUCGAGCCCGGAUUCGUUGAGACAUCAUUUGCCAGGAGGAUGUAAUGGACUGCACUCGACUACUGCUACUAACAGAUUCAGCGGCCUCGUCGGUGCUCUCGGCAGCCUCGGCGCCGGCUACAACGGCCUCCCCUCAGUGAUGUCCGGUCUCGACGACUCGCUGAGCGACGUGGCCCCGCGCAAGAAGUACCCGUUCGAACUCGAGAAGGCCAUACACAACGUCAUGUUUAUUCAGCACCACAUGCAGCGACAGGAUGAGUUCAAUGCGGAAGACCAGGACUGGGGCUUCGUGGCCAUGGUCCUCGACCGUCUGUUCCUCUGGAUCUUCACCAUCGCCUCCAUCGUCGGCACCUUCGCCAUCCUCUGCGAGGCCCCGUCGCUCUACGACGACACCAAACCCAUCGACAUGAUUCUUUCGUCGGUCGCCCAGCAGCAGUUCCUGCCGGUGGAUAGUGGUGAUUCUUAAACACGAUAUUUCAGAUGACACCUUCCGUGACUCAAUCUUAUAACACAAUUUUACUGACGUAUUUAUGUUACAGACUUUCGGAGAGCCUAGGUCUCUAUUGUCAAUGGUCAAUGCUGUACCUAGUCUUGUUUUCAUGCGUAUUAGCCUCAGCACAUUAAGCGUUUGAAAAUCAAGACCUAAGCUUUUCGAAACAUAUCAUACAUAGCGAUAAAAUUACUUGAGUACCAAACCCUGAAACCAUAAAUUGGUUAUAGUGAGAAUAUAAUUAUUUUUCUUGUUUAAUGAUUCAUUGAUUUGCAAUAAUCAAACAUCUCAGAUAAUGAGAGAGACUGGCCCCAAUAUAAAUGCUGAUGCUAUGGUUUCAAAUCUACGCUCUGGCCAAGUAAUU